AUGAAAAGAAUCAUGAGGAGAAGGUUUGUCCCUUCCUAUUAUCAUAGGGAAUUGCACAACAAAUUGAAAAGACUCACUCAAGGUUCUAAAAGUGUUGAAGAAUAUUUCAAGGAGAUGGAAGUUCUCAAAAUUAGAGCUAAUGUAGAGGAGGACGAUGAAGCAACUAUGGCUAGGUUUCUCCAUGGUCUAAAUCAUGACAUUAGUGACAUAGUGGAACUUCAUCACUAUGUUGAAAUGGAUGAAUUGGUACACCAAGCUAUCAAAGUGGAACAACAACUCAAAAGAAAGAGCCAAGCAAGGAGAAAUUCCACCACUUUCAAUUCUCAAAGUUGGAAGGACAAAACAAAGAAGGAGGGUGUUUCAUCAUCUAAGGAAGCCACGGUUGAAAACAAAGGUAAAACUAUUACAUCUUCUUCUUCAAGUGUUUCAACUAACAAAAGUGUUAAGUGUUUCAAGUGUCAAGGCCAAUGACAUAUUGCAUCUCAAUGUCCAACAAAGAGAACUAUGCUUAUGGAAGAAAAUGAAGAAAUUAUUGAAGAGGAGGAUGGUGAUUAUGAUGAGGAGUGUGAAGAAGAAAUACCUAGUGGAGAUUUACUCAUGGUGAGAAGAAUGUUGGGAAUCCAA